CAUCAGAAUUUACCCCCCCAUAAAAUAAAUGUUUUUGGAGAGUGUCUCACAUUAACAGGCUGCAAACUUUUACUGACUAAAGAUUUCCUGCUACCUUGUCUAUAUAUAUAAUAGCUAACACAUAAUCUGACGAAUAAAAUGUUGGAUGGACUUACAAGAAAGAUUGGAUUGGUCCUGGCUGUAGUCACUGCUCUCACAUGGUUGCUCUUUGUGAUCGGAUUUGCAUCGUCCCAACCGGAUUUCUCUGGAGUAUCAGCUGCAGUAGGCUCUGUGUUCUUCCCCCAUUUUACAAUCUCUCUACUCGGUGUUCCAACCAUUGUGCUGGGAGUGGUUCAUGCUCUUGACAGAUUUACGUCACGAUCUGCAACUAAGAUUGUCGGGACCAUUACAACAUUUUUCAGCGUUCUGUUUCUUCUCUGUCUGGGGAUGAUCUUAUACUUGAAUGGAACAAGAUUGCUUUCUCAGACUGGUGGCAGUAAUUCGAGAUCCUCCCCUGGUUUUAUUUCUCUGAACCUCGAGUUUUAUGGUGCACUUCUAUCCACUAUAUCAUGGACUAGUGUGAUGAUGAUGUGGACGUUCUAUGCAUGAAGUGCCCGAAGCCGGCAGCACCGAUGAUUAUAACUAUAGAAAGACAACUCGCUUAAUGUUUAUUGUUUGUUAAACUCAUUUUUUAGAAGUGUAUUGAUAUAGCAUGCAUGAGUCUUAUAACAUCGCAUAUUAUGGAUAUGCAUAAUUAUAAUUAUACCAGUACUGGAUGCACAUG